UAUCCACUCAGACCCUGAGAGGCAGACUGUCAGAGUCUGAGGCCACCAUGUCUUCGUUCUCCCAGAAGGGCUCCCCUCGCUGCCAGGCUGGCCCAGGGACAGAGGAGGUGGCUGGGGCCCGGCAGCAGAGGAUGACCCUCCCAUUCGCCAUGUCCCUGGGCCACGUAGACCCAGAGGCACUGAGAGCCAGGCUGAUCUCAGCAGCCCCGGGCCAGGCACAACGCAACCCUGACGCCCUGGUCUUCACCCACACCACCAAGGGCCAGGAACGCAGGAGGGCAGGGCAGAGACCCGUACCGCUGGAGAUACUGGUGGGUGGGGAAGGAGGGUUGUGUGAAAAAGAGGAAUAUGGGGACCCAGCCACCUGUAAACACUGUUGGUGCACAAUAAUGUUUUCUAAAUAUCAGCCUUUGUUCUCAUAACAUCCCAGACAUCAACUGCCCCAUAGGCACAUACAAACUACUCUUUUUACACAACAUCUCUCAUUCAGCCGGUCCUGAAGAAGUACCAGGACCACAAGCAGCCAGAGUUCAUCCGCAGGCAGAACCGGGAGAGGCUGAGCCAGUCGGGCUUGAAGCCACACUCGCCCUCCCUUGCUGGGGUAGAGUGGAUGGACAUGGCCCCUGACAGACAGAGCUCCACCCUCCACCUCCCUGAGCUGCCUGACCACGUCAAGGAGAAACAGGUGGGAGACUGAGAAGGGCUCUGCUGGACAGACAGACAGACGUCAUGCAGAUUUUACAUGGUUUAAUUUGAAGUCAAGAUGAUCUUAACCAUGAUUUCACUAGUGAUAUACAGCCAUGUUCUGAAAUAAAUGAUUGAUUGUAGACAGUGGGAGUCAGAUACUGAGCUGUGCUCUGUCUGUCACUAGCCCUCCCUAUAGCCUCCUGACCGGGGCGAGCUGAGAGAAAUCCCAGUGGACUGAUACAGGGCAGACAACUGUUAUCCUCAUAGUCUUUCUUGUUCUGUUUUAACCAGUAGUUCCAUCAACCUCAUUUGAGCCACAGAAGAAAGCAGUCCACAAUCAAUCUCUUGUCUCUUUUUUUUUGUCAAGAGACAAAGUCCCCUUUCAACUGUUCAUGAUCCUUUCCCAUAGUAGUCAAAUAAAUAAAUACAAGCCUAACUGACUGUCACUGCUUCCUCCCUCCAGGCUCAGAUGACCCAGAGGACCCUGUGUUCCCCCUCUCCCCCCAAACGCCCUCGCGCCUCCAAGUCCACAAAGCCCUCCCCCACCUUCCCCUUCCUCCACUCCCCCUCCCCUCUCCCAGCCAGUCACUCCCUCAUCUUCAGCUCGGCAGAGGAAGUGAUCCGUGCCAAAAUACGCUCCCCGCCGGACAUCGUCAGAAUCAUCCGGAACAACCCUCACCUGGGCUUCCUGUACAUGACUUCUGCCACACCCAAGAGCUCCAUCAAAUAUGAUGCUUAUAACCUCAAGUAAGAGAGGGACAAACACACACACACCAUAACCUACAUCAAAUAUGAUGCUUAUAACCUCAAGAGAGGGAUAAACGUCAUUUAGCAGACACUACUAUCCAGAGCGACUUACAUGAGCAAUUAGGGUUAAGUGCCUUGCUCAAGGGCACAUCAACAGAUUUUUCACCUAGUCGGCCCGGGGAUUCAAACCAGCGACAUAUCGGUUAUUGGGCCAACACUAGCCCUCUUUACCGCUAGGUGACUUGCCGUCCCUAUAUACACCCUGUCUUUCAAGUAACUGUGAGCUAGCUGCAGAACGCCUGUGCCAUCACUGGUGAUACCACAGCAUUUCCCAUGUCCAUAACCCCCAAGUCCUCCAUCAAAUAUGAUCUCUCCUUCCAUUUCUACUUGUUCACUUCCCUUCACUCAUUGUAAAGGAAAGGACUGCCUGGUAUAAGAAACAUGGUGGAAACUGCCUCUAACCCAUGCCAGCACCAAUUCAUUGUUUUUAGAUUGUGGAAAGUAGUGAACGAGUGUACACUUCAGAACAAAGCAGAUAUUAUUGGGACUCACCAAGAGAGACGACACACACUCACACACACUCACGCAGACAUUUGAACUCCCAAGUCCUCCAUCAAAUAUGAAACCUACAACCUUAAUCUCACUACCCAUCCCGAACUCUCACCUUUGACCUUUCCCCCCAGGAUAGUGACGUAUGAGAACAUCAACAAGCAGGACUACUCUACGAUCAGCCAGCAGGGUGUGACCUGCAUCUCUGACGCAGAGAUGGACUUCCUGCCGUUAGAGCGCUGGGAGCAUGAGUACCGAUGCCAUCGCCGCCUCCUGGCCAUCCCGGCCUUCGCCCUCUUCAGGAGGUGGAAGGCCUUCAGAGUGUGGAGGACCAACGUCCGCUCCAAGAAGAUCAACACGUGCAAGAAGUCCCUGCAGGAGCGCCUGUUCAUCGUCAACGAGGUGGGUGGUAUUGUUCGAUCCAGAAGUGUUUGCUGGUCAGGUCAAUGAGGUGGGUGGCAUGGUUAACACCAGAAGUGUUUGCUGGUCAGGUCAAUGAGGUGGGUGGCAUGGUUAACACCAGAAGUGUUUGCUGGUCAGGUCAAUGAGGUGGGUGGUAUGGUUAACACUAGAAGUGUUUGCUGGUCAGGUCAAUGAGGUGGGUGGUAUGGUUAACACUAGAAGUGUUUGCUGGUCAGGUCAAUGAGGUGGGUGGCAUGGUUAACACCAGAAGUGUUUGCUGGUCAGGUCAAUGAGGUGGGUGGCAUGGUUAACACUAGAAGUGUUUGCUGGUCAGGUCAAUGAGGUGGGUGGUAUUGUUGGGCCAGAAGUGUUUGCUGGUCAGGUUAAUGAGGUGGGUGGUAUUGUUGGGGCCAGAAGUGUUUGCUGGUCAGGUUAAUGAGGUGGGUGGUAUUGUUGGGCCAGAAGUGUUUGCUGGUCAGGUCAAUGAGGUGGGUGGUAUUGUUGGGUCCACUCCAGAUGUGUUUGCUGGUCAGGUCAAUGAGGUGGGUGGUAUUGUUGGGUCCACUCCAGAUGUGUUUGCUGGUCAGGUCAAUGAGGUGGGUGGUAUUGUUGGGCCAGAAGUGUUUGCUGGUCAGGUUAAGACCCCUACAUUUGUGUCUGCACCAUUGAACUCCAGGAUGUGCUUGGGCUAGUUCAUGUUGUCUGAACGUUACUUAGGAUUAUUGAAACAAUCCUAUCUUCCCUAUGAAAUGUUCAUAUAAUUGAACACAACGAAGGUACUUACUUUAAAGAUAAUAGAUAUGCCCAGUAACAGCUAUGUCUCUGUUUCCAGUCUCUGCGUCCGGCGUUGCUAGACAUCAGAGAGAUGUGCUAUAGGAUCAGUGAUAUGGGGCUGUGUCGCAUCGAGAAAGAUCACACAUACACUCUGGAGGAGUUCCAGGAGGCACAGUACAAACAGCUGAAGGAGGUACGCAGUGUCUGUGUCCCUUUACAUUACAUCUUCUCUCUGUGUGUGUGUGUGUGUGUAGCUGAUGUGAAAUGGCUAGCAUGUUAGCGGUGCACGCUAGUAGUGUUCAAUCGGUGACGUCACCCGCUCUGAGACCUUGAAGUCAACGUUUCCCUUACUCCGCAAGGGCCUCAGCAUGUGUUUAGCGAUGCUGUGUGGGUGACAGUUCAGAGGGUGCCUGGUUCCAGCCCAGGAUGGGGCAAGGAGAGGGACGGAAGCAAUACUGUUACGUCUGUGUCUGUCCCUUUACAUGGCAACUCGUGUGUGUGUGUGUGCAGGUAUCUUCUCGUCUGGAAGAGUUCAGGGAGCUGGUAAAGGAGGUGGCCAGGAGCGCCUGUUACACGGCCAUGCUGGAGGCAGGAUACACACCUGAUUAUAGCUAUGACACC